AUGCCUCUUAUCAGUACGAAGCUACAUGUAUUGAACCCGGUAUGGAGAAAAAAGAAACCUCGUGAUACUGAGCAACACGAAGAACCCGAACCAAAACCAGCAUUUAUCGUCCCAGAAACUCAAGAAAUUUGUACAUCUGCCGAGGAACUGCAGCGCAAAAUUACUAUAUAUAAUGAAAAUAUAUGGACUUGUCGUGUAACUGGGAAACCUAAUUUAACUUAUCGGGAAGCAUUGAAAACUGAAGCAACUGCUAUUCGGACACUAAAAAAGUGUUUCCCCAAGUUUUUUGAAAAAACCAUCCUUGAGCGCGUCCAUCUCAGUACUCUACCCCUGGAAUCCUUGGUACACAGCUGCUGGACCACCAUACAUGAACAAUUUCAUAUUGCGGAACCUGUGAAACUAAAAGUUGACUCUGUUUCGAAUACACCAAUACGUGGAAUAAUUGAUGAUAUAAUAAAAUCUCAAACUGUACCGACACCUGUUCCGGAUAACACUUCACCGAAUAAUAGUGACAAAGAAAAUGUGACUAAAAAGAAUUCUCCCAUCAAGAAAAACUACGCUUACAGUGUUAAAGUCCUUUCGGAUAUCCCUGUUGUUGUACAUGAUGUUCCAGCCUGUUCCAUUGACCGUAUCAACCGAGCACCUUCCAAAGACCAUAUCAAAAUGUUUAUUCGAAGUCAUGCUAUGCGUUAUGGACCAAACUUUACAGGUCCAUGGAUUGUAAAUGAGGAGCUUUUACGACGUCAUAAAAUACCUUUAAAAAGCCCCGGAUGUCAAGUUGAUAAAGUUAAGUUAAAACAAAUGUCCAAAGCCCUGGAGGAGGAAUACUUUGUACGCGUUAUGAACUCCCGACGUCAGUCCAACGGAGAAGGUACAUCAGAUGAUGUUACCUCAAGCACACCACUUAAUUUUAAACGUAUCAAACGCUUCUCUGUUCUACGUGAAGACAACACUCCCAAGAUGCUUGAAGAAAAUGAAGAUAACUUACCGCUAGCUCAGUUAAAAGAUCGUUCUCAAUUUAAACAAUCAUUGGAGGAUAGUAGAAAAAAGAAAAUGAAACAGUCCACCUUAUUUCAAUUUGGCAAGAAAACUCCUACGAAAGAUGAAAUACCAGACAAGUCAGCAAUCAAUCGUCCUAAAAAGAAUACUAAUGAAAGAUGUGCAUUACCUCGAGUUGCUCAACAUCUCAUCAAAAUGUUUGGAGAAGAUCGUAAUAAUCCAGCCAUAGAAACUCAGAUAAGACUCUGUGCAAAAUUCAUAAGUGACGUAGAUAUUCUUAAGUUACCUGUUGAAUUACGCGAUCCUGUGCGAUCAAAGAAAGAAGCGUUUGCGUUCAAAAAAAAGUUACUGACUAUGUCACCGACUCAACGAAAGCAAGCACUCCAAGAAAUGAAAGAAAAACAGAAGAUUGAACAUAUUCACGCUAAUAAAUUGCUUGAUGAUCAACAUCUUAUGACUGCUUUGCCUCAGUGCCCUCGUUUACCUGAACCUUCCAAACUUGAACUUCCUCCUAGUUUCAACGAAUCUUUGUUUGGACGCCUGCUAGGAUUAACAGAAUUUUUCCAUGUCUUCCAUAGCUUACUUGUUGAAGGAUCUGUUGAUGAUACCGAGGUAGAGAAUCCAUCUGAAAAUAAUGUCCUAUCUGGCUUUUGUCGCUUUCCAGUCGAAUCUCUUGUAGCUGGGGUUGGUGAACCGGGUUAUUCUGAUGAUGAUGACAAUGGUAAUACUGAUGAAGAAGAGGAAGAAGCUGGAUUAACUGAAUCAAAUGCUCCACUUCCGAAAAUAUGUAUAAAGUCAUUGCGUCGUCUAGGAUUGAAACGAUUACUUAACGCUGUCACCACAAAUAAUCCAUCAGCCGGUGCCUAUCGAUCACUAGCACGUCCUUUAAGUGUCCUAUUACGCUUAGUCUUAAGAGAUGAACAAAUAGGUAAAAAACGUGAGUUGGGCUUGAAACUGGCUAAAUUCCCAGUUACACCGUAUACAGCUCCUGAGCUCCUUAGAUUGACUCUUUUAAACGAAAUCCCAUCAAAUCAUGCUAGAACAACUAUAUUGGAACAAUUACGAAAUCAUGAUGCUCCAGUCACCGAUCCUAAUCCAUUUGACCAGAAUUCUGUGACACAACUUAUACACCACUUAUCCAACUCUGAUCUGCAUGAACUGUUUCCAGAAAUACGUGUAAUAGCGUUGGAAUGGGCAGUGGAUAAAAUUUUCGAUCUUGAUCUUAUAGAUGAUCAUAUUAUGGCAUGUCAACGUCGUGCAGCUGAUGCUUGGCAAAGGAAAAUUCAGGUAUUACGUGAUAAAAACUUACGAAAAAAAGACAAAAAAGAUAAUGCAAAUGAAGCUAACAAAGCCACCAGUAAUAAUAAUAGCAAUAAUAUAUCUACUAAUCAACUUGAUGAGUCGAAGUCUAAAGCAGACACUCCUACCGCUACUGCUGAUGAUAUCACAGAUUCUGAAAAUGACUUAGCAUCAAUUGUAAAACGCAGACGAAUUCUAGCUGCACGAGCAGCAAUAGAAAAGGAAGAAAAAGAAAAUCUGGAACGUCAGCGCCGUCUGGAAAUGGCUCAAGAACAUGCUGAAGAACGUGCAAUUAAUACAGUUAGUCGACUUCAUGAUAUUCGGUCUACAGAAGCGAAAUGUGUUCUACGAAACAACCCUAUUGGUUAUGAUAGAUAUUAUCGUCGUGUUUGGUAUUUCCGUUGUUCUCCGGAUCGUUUGUUUUUGGAGGCUAAUUGGGCUUCCUCAAGUAUCAUGUAUUCGGUUGAUUCCUUUAGAAAAAAUGAAUCUGUCCCAAUUACCACUUUGAGUGAUGAAACAAUACCACAACCUGCUCAUGAUUUUGUAAAAAAUGGCACAUUGAACAGUGGAACUAUUUCAAGUUCCUGGAGUAAUUGGUAUUUUUAUGAUCGUCCUGAACAGUUAGAUGAAUUGUUAAAUUCAUUGCUAACUCGCGGUGUUCGAGAAAGUCAUUUAAAAAGUCAGUUAUUGGCAGAUGGAUUUCUGGAGUCACUUAAAAAAAGAUGGAGAAGUGGUCUCUCAAAUGAAUUGGUAAUUAAAGCUGACACGACGAAUGGUACUCCUAUAAAUGUAGAAAAACAUCCAUCUCAUCAUAAACGCGAUCUUCCUGCUGGAGCCGCUUUGGCAGGAGCAUUGUUAAAAAAUAUUUUAGAUACUGAGGUUCGUCUAAGAUCCGGUGGUCUCGGUGGUGUACCAGAUUUUACAAAAUGGCAAGAGCGUUUAGCACAAAUACAAGAAUCCUAUGGAAUCCAACAAGAAACUCUUAAUGUAAAUUUGUCUUCAAAACCAAAUCUGUCAGCUUUAUCCAGUCUAUGUGAAUUGCCAAAUAAAGCAGGACUUGCUAUUGCUCUUAUUGAAGUAGCUGAAAAUAUAAUACCUCGCUUUUUAAACGUUCCUGAUCUUUGCACCAAGUCAAAAUUCAACUCUAAUCAAAAUGGAACAAAUGAUUGUCAUGAUCUAAAAACUUCCUUUCCAGAUCAUGUACCAUUUUGUAGAUUUUCAUCUGGAGAAGAUUCAGACGCAUCUGAAAGUAAUGAUCGUUCACAAGAACUGGAGAAAGCUGUUUUAGACCCUGAAGCUCAUGAACUACGAACUCGUGCUUGGAUGACAGCUUGGCGUACUGAAGUUCAAAAUGCUCGUACACUGACCCGAUUAAAUCUCUUACAUGCAUGUCUGGAUGCAUGUGUUCGCUGGGAAAAGUCAGUGGAAGAUGCGCGCUGUCGUAUUUGUCGUCGGAAAACAGAUGAUGAUAAUUUACUACUUUGUGACGGUUGUAAUCUUGCUUUCCAUCUCUACUGUUUACGUCCACCAUUAAAACGUGUACCAACAGGUGAUUGGUUCUGCCCGACAUGUGGACCGGCCUCCCGUGCCCUUGAAAAGCGUAAGCGUGAAGAACGUUUAGCUCGGUCUGCAAGACGACGAAAACGUGCUUUGUCAUCUGAUGAUGAUGAGCAAUUAAAUUCCGAUAAUAAUGAAGAAAGUAGUGGCGAAAGUGAAGCUACUCAAAAAAUCAAACGUCGAAAUCCCCGUUCAUUUCGAUCCAAAGGCGGUAAUGACUCAAGUGCGUUCAAUAUAAAACGUUCAAUUAGUCCAGCCAAUCGUAAUUCAGUUUCAUCUAGAAAUAUCAGACACGAUACAUCCUGUCUUGUUUGUUCAGAUUCAAUUGGUGAUUUGGUUCUAUGUUCCAACUGUCCCAAUGUAUUCCAUCUGGACUGUCAUGAUCCCCCAUUGCACCAUAUUCCACGUGGAGAUGGUUGGCAGUGUUCAGUUUGCCGGUCGAAUAAAAAACGUUCUACUAUUACUUCUUAUUUUCAAAGCAGAGAUUAUCGUCGGAAAACUUAUCAAGCAAUUUUCAAGAAACGAGCUGUCAGUCCAGAUGAACGUAGCGAAGAUGAACUUUUAAAUAGUACAUCUUUUACUCGUUCAACACGAAGUAACAAUAGAUCUCGAAGGAAUAUCGCAAUGUCUGACACUGAUGAUGAACAACAAUCGAGUGAAGCAUCUUCAGAUGUAGAUAUCCGCUCUAAUAAUCAACGUCCAAUUUCCCGUCGACGUAGUGCUUCACGAUCAGCGUCUGCUCUUAGUUCACAACUAAAUAAAUAUCCAAAACGUAGACGACGACACUUGUCUGAUCAGGAGGAUACUUCAGAAACAGAACAAAUGGACGAAAAGUCUCAAUCUUUAUGUUCACACAUUCUUGAUGCUGUGUAUAAGCACAAACACUCAUGGCCGUUCAGAAAACCUGUUGAUAGAAGCCAGGUUCCCGAUUAUUAUGAAAUUAUCACAGAUCCUAUCGAUUUGUCCAUGAUGCGUGAUUGGCUUUCUGAAGGACGGUAUAACACGGAAACUACCAGCGCAGGACUGAAGAAACUAGUACAUGAUCUAGGUACUAUGUUUUAUAACGCCGAAUUAUAUAAUGCUGCUGACUCAGACGUUUGGUUAGCUGGAGAGCAGUUAGAAAAAUUCGUGAAGAAUCAGUUCGCUCAUAUAAACACAGAUGUUAUCUACUCUAGACCAGCACUUGGUGAUGCAUGA